CCAGCCCUCCCCCAGACUGUCUCGGGAUCUUGGUUUGAAAUCCGGGACGUGACUGGGAGGAGUCUGCCCGCGGUGGAUUUCCGUGCUGGGCUGCGCAGGGAGCCCCGCCGAGAGCAUGGCGGAGCCCACCGUCUGCUCCUUCCUCACCAAGGUGCUGUGCGCCCACGGCGGCCGCAUGUUCCUGCAGGACCUGCGCGCCCACGUGGAGCUCUCGGAGGCCAGGCUCCGGGACGUGCUGCGCCAGGCCGGGCCCGACCGCUUCCUGCUGCAGGAGGUGGAGGUGAAGGACGGCCCCUGGGACGCGGAGGCCGAAGUGGCGGCCGGCGCCGUGGGCGCGGGCGGCGGCGGCCCCUCGGCCUGCAGGGUGGUGGCGGUGUCCUCGGCGCGCCUGUGCGCCCGCUACCAGCGCGGCGAGUGCCAGGGCUGCGACCAGCUGCACUUCUGCCGCCGUCACAUGCUGGGCAAGUGCCCGAACCGCGACUGCUGGUCUACCUGUACCCUUUCCCAUGAUAUCCACACACCUGUCAACAUCCAAGUCCUGAAAAACCACGGGCUGUUUGGCCUCAAUGAGGCCCAGCUUCGGAUUCUGCUUUUACAGAACGACCCCUGCCUUUUACCGGAGGUGUGUUUGUGCUACAACAAAGGCGAAGCCCUGUAUGGUUACUGCAACCUCAAGGACAAGUGCAACAAGUUUCACGUGUGCAAGUCCUUUGUCAAGGGAGAGUGCAAGCUGCAGAAGUGCAAACGAUCCCAUCAGCUCAUUCACGCGGCGUCCCUGAAGCUGCUGCAGGACCAGGGGCUGAAUGUCCCCAGUGUCGUUAACUUCCAGAUCAUCUCUACCUACAGGCACGAGAAGCUGCACAAGAUGCUCGAAAAUAAAGAUAAUUCAGCUGCUUCUGCUGAGCACGCACAGGGCCCUGAGAAACAAGGAGGGCCCGUUGUUGCGGCUGCAGAAGCCCGUCCCCCGGUUUCUGUCCCUGCCCCGUCGGCCAAGAAGCCAGGUAAACCGUAAAGGACGUCAGCGAAAUAGAAGAAGCUUCUGCAAUUGGAAGGUCGGAAAACAAAGCUUCUGUUGAACUUCGAUUUAUAACUAUUCAUUCACUGAAUGAUCUCUCUAAAAUACCUACCUCACAGGGUGCUGUGAAAAUUCAAGAAGAUGCAAAAGGAGACAUUGUUUGAUUUGGAGGAUAAGGUUGGGGACAAGGUUGGACAUGGAGCGGGCAAAGGGAGGGUGAAUCCUGAGUGCAGGUGGGGCCUGUGCAGGGCGAGCCCCGGCCGUGGCAGCUUCUGCCUGCAGUUCCUGGGAGCUCUUCCCAGGCUGGCGGGAAGCUCCCGCACACGCAGCUCCCUGCUGACCUGGUUGGUGGCCCGGCUGUGGGUUUUCCGUAUGCCCGUGUAUGCCGUUCCAGUGCAUCAACUUUAUGUCCUUCCUUUUCCACUCAAUGUGCCAUAAGCAUCCUCCCGUAUGUGUUCACGUUUGUCACGCAUGAUCAUUGUUAUGCACAGAAACACAAAUAUAUCAUAGUUUACUUGUUGCCCUUAUCCUGGGGAAACAAUUUGCUGGGAUUUCCAACAAAUUUUGAAUAUAACUCUUCAAAUCCGCACAAUAGUGAAUUUUUAAAGUUAGUCUUUUGCUUGGCUUAGAGUUGCAAAAUGAUAGUGCUUUUUGCAUUUCUUUAAAUUUAGGUGCAGGUGAAUAUUUUUUCUGUGUGUGCUUUCUGUAGGUCUUUAUUUUGUGCAUUUUGUACACGCCCUUUAAUUACUGGGGCAUGCGAUUACCUCCUCUGUGCUGAUGUGGGAUGGCCUUUAAUCAGGUGCCUUAAUUUUUUAUAAAAGGAUAUCAACCAUACUGUGCUCAUGUUCACAUCCAUCUCCUGUGGCUGCGCCCUCAGGCAGCACAGAGAGUGUGUAACUGCUGGGUGCUGACCUCCACUUUCUACCUCACUCUGUCUGCUCUGCUCUUAUUAAACUCGGACGAAAGCCCACUUGCUGUGCUUUGAAGGAUGUGCAGUGCAUCCAUUCCUCAAAGUCGUGUCCCUCCUUCUAUGGGUCGGGGUGGACCAUCGGAAAGCUGUACACCUCGCCCAUUGCAUGUCCACUUUCCCCUUCCUCCCCUCCCUGUUCCCCUACCCAGAUGUCUUCACUGAGUCAUACCUAGAUGUUUGGUUCUUUGCUUUUAUCCCCUGACUGGGAAUCGAACCAGCAGCCUUUUGGCUCAUAGGCCGGCAUACUCAGUCCACUGAGCCACACCAGCCAGCUUUGUUUUUAUCAAAAGGUACCACAGAAAAGCAGCUGUGUGAAAUCCUCCCCUGUGUUUGCUGUAGUAAUAUCCCAAAUGUCGAUGUGUAAAGCAUUUUUAGAAAUACUGAACUGUCCUGCAAUAACAUUUGAGAAAAAGGGGCAAGGUAGUGAGUUUUUUUUUAGAAAGCUAAGUUUAUUUAAUUGAGAGAAACAUUUGUCAUGCAAUUCUCUCUUUUCUGUUGGGGAAGGUGUCCAAAAAGUGCCCUUUGUCAAGGGAGGGAUUGCUGCGUUCUCUCCUAAUGGACAGUGAGAGUGCUGUGACUUACAGUCAUCCCCCCACUUUGGCUGUCAACAGUGGUGUUUCGGAGGGCCCCGAUGUCCGCAUACCUCGUUGCUUUGUUCCUGGUUCUGAUUUCUCCUGGUGCUAAUUUUUUUCUGAAAAAAAUAGUUUUACAUUUUAUUAUCGUCAUUAUUUACAUUUUAUCCUUUUUUUCCAUGUAUUUUUGUUGUAAGCCAUCCGUAAUCCUUAAUGGAAACAGUAUAGUAUAUAAGUGCGUAUUCUUUACAUGAAGAGACUUGGUAGGCUUUUAUACUAUUGUGU